AUGUUGUUCAAGAAUCUCAUCAUCGCUGCCGUCGGCAUCUUGGGCGUCUCCGGUGGCGCAACGCCGAGGGCUGGCCGUAAGUUUUCUUGCGGUACUGCCGAGCCUGAUGCCGAACACAUUGGUAUGUCCAAGGUUAUGGCUGCCCAGGAAGCCAGACUCGCGGGAUCCAACUUGACUGCUCGUGCCACGGUCAGCGUCGGCGUUUACUUUCACGUCGUUGCAUCGAGCCAGACCGUCGGGAAUGGCUACUUGACUGACAAAAUGCUGUCUGACCAGUUGGCUGUCCUUAACACGGACUUUGCUCCCCAUGGCAUCUCAUUCAACUUGCUCGGCACUGAUCGCACCAUCAAUGCCGGCUGGGCUGCUGACAACAACGAGCUGGCCAUGAAGCGUGCCCUCCGUAAGGGAACCUACAAGGAUCUCAAUAUUUACUUCCAGGUCCGACUCACGGACGAGGCCUUGGGCUAUGCGUAUCUGCCUACGUCGGUAACGCCCGGCAGCACCGCCUUCUACCGAGAUGGCGUUUCUCUCAACUCGCAAACCGUCCCAGGUGGCACUCUUACCGGAUACAACCUUGGAAAGACCGGCACUCACGAGGUCGGCCAUUGGAUGGGUCUCUAUCAUACUUUCCAGGGCGGCUGCACCGGUAACGGCGAUUACGUUUCUGAUACCCCUGCCCAGGCCAGCUCCAGCAGCGGCUGCCCUGUUGGUCGGGAUUCCUGCCCUAGCCAAACCGGCCUUGAUCCUAUCCACAACUACAUGGACUAUUCCGACGAUGCCUGCUACGAAGAGUUUACUCCUGGUCAGGAGGCACGCAUGUACAGCUACUGGAACACCUACCGCGCUUAA